AUGGUGGCCGCCAGCGCUCGCCCGGCCCUGGGCCCGGCCGGCCGCGGGGUCUUCGCCGCCCUGCUGCUCCUGCUCCUGCUCCUGCUCCCGGCUCCCUCGGCCCUGCACGCCGUCCCGACCCCCGCCCCUCCGGCCUGCGGGAAGCCCCAGCAGCUGAACCGCGUGGUGGGCGGCGCGGACAGCGCGGACGCCGAGUGGCCGUGGGUCGUGAGCAUCCGGAAGAACGGGACCCACCACUGCGCGGGCUCCCUGCUCACCAGCCGCUGGGUGGUCACCGCCGCCCACUGCUUCAAGGGCAACCUGAACAAGCCCUCCGACUUCUCCGUGCUGCUGGGGGCCUGGCAGCUGGGGAACCCCGGCCCGCGGUCCCAGGAGGUGGGGAUCGCCUGGGCGCACCCCCACCCUGUGUACUCUUGGAGGGACGCGACCCGGGCAGACAUCGCCCUGGUGCGCCUGGAGCGCCCCGUCCAGUUCUCUGAGCGGGUCCUGCCCAUCUGCCUGCCGGACGCCUCCGUGCGGCUCCCUCCGGACACCGACUGCUGGAUCGCCGGCUGGGGCAGCGUCCACGACGGAGUGCCCCUGUCACACCCCCAGACCCUGCAGAAGCUGAAGGUCCCCAUCAUCGACUCGGAAGUCUGCGGCCGCCUCUACUGGCGAGGGGCCGGGCAGGGCGCCAUCACCGAGGACAUGCUGUGCGCCGGCUACCUGGAGGGCGAGCGCGACGCCUGCCUGGGCGACUCCGGGGGGCCCCUCAUGUGCCAGGUGGAGGACACCUGGCUGCUGGCGGGCAUCAUCAGCUGGGGCGAGGGCUGCGCGCAGCGCAACCGCCCGGGCGUCUACAUCAGCCUGACCGCCCACCGCUCCUGGGUGCAGAGGAUCGUGCAAGGGGUGCAGCUCCGCGGCCGCUCCGGGGACGCCGGGCACGCCGGGGGCCGGGCCCGCGCGGAGGGGGCGCCGCGCGCGGCCGGGGUCGCCCGCCUCGGGGGGGCGAUCCUGCGCCGGCUCGCGGGCGCCCCAGAGGUUGUGAGUGGCCUGCUGGAGCAGGGCCCGCGGGAGCCUCCUGCCCUCCUGGAGGAGCCUGAGGGGUUGCUGGCCCUGGAGGGGAGCAGGCACCCUCCUGGCAGCCUCCUGGCAGCCUCCUGGCAGCGGCCCCGGGUCAGGCGGGUGGGCGGUGGAGGCGGAGGGCCCCCCCGUACAGCCCCUGCCCGGGGCCACCACACUGGCCGCUGCCCUGGCGGGCCCGCAGCCCCGCUGCCUGCUCAGGACCCGGCCGCCACCGGCUCCACGCCCUCACCCACGUCCGAGGAGGCCCUCGCGGCGCCCACGGUGCAGGUGCAGGAGAGGAAGGACGAGGCAGCGCGGGCGGGACUGCCCCGCUUCAACGGUCCUCUGGCUCCUGGCUUCCCGUCCUGGCACAGCUGGCGGCCUGGCUGGGGCCCCUCGCCCUGGGACCCUCUGGCACCGGGACUAGGGGCGCUGCUGUAA